UUGAAGAUGCCCUAACUCAUUAUCGGUCACUUUAAUUUCGCUGCUUAUCGUACCCAUCAGCCAUUCGGCUGACAACUCUUCCGCCGCGAUGCGACGCUUCACGGCGCACCCUCGCUUCUUCUCCUCUCUCAAACAGAUGGAGGAUCGAUUGGAAACAGAAGCACAAGACGAACCGGAACCCCCAACCCUAAACCAUCCACCGUCGCCCAUUUUUCUCGACUUUGCCUGUCCCGAUGGCAAACAAACUAGCCAGCCGCCUCCACCGGACAGCAGCGAUCCCCCCCUCAAUUUCCUCUCGAGUUUGUCUUGCCCACAAGACGAGGACCCGAAAUCGCAGCCCGGCGAGGACGGCGAGGAAAGUGACGAAAUCGAGCAGCUGAUGUCUUUGUUGUGCCUCCGGGAGGGCCAAGAAUCGAGCGGCGGAGGAGAGAGCAGUUGCCACUGCAGUGGAGGAGGAUUCUUCUCCAAGAUCGCUGGCGUGAAGGAGCCCAAGUGCAGCAAGGAGCGGGAGAGGUUGUACGGAUGGAUCGACUACUAUUACAAGGAAAAGAAAGAAUCGGCCAGAUUGGCUCAUCUGCUGCUGGCCAAAGCUUGGUGCUUGAACAGAAGCGGCGGCGACAGUCUUGUAGAGAUCGAGUUCCCAUCCACAAUCGUGGAGUUUCUGGAACAAGAUCCACCAACGAUGAAAGAUCUCUGGUUUAGAUGAAGGAUCAAAAAGUGAGUUUUGCUUGGACUUUCUACAAACAUAUGACGUUCAUGGGAUAAAACGAAUCCUAUAUCUUCCUGUCAUAU